AGUUGUCGACAUCACCAACGACUGGAACUUUCCUGGUGUUGAAGUAGGCCCCUUUCACCCGAUCUGGGCUCUUGAGGCCACGACGCUAUCGUCAUACACCACUGACAUUUCCCACUCGCUCACCCAUCCCUCGAACAUGACCUAUGUCUCAAAUGGUCCCAGUUCGUGGCCGACAAUCAAUUUCAACAUUUUUUUCACCUAUUGGACAAUUGCUGCUGGUGUUGUGGUGGUAUACGAUUGGGCCCUAACACUUGGACGAGAGAUUGAACUCAUCUGGAGACAACGCUGGUCUCUCAUGACCGUGCUGUAUUUGAUUAUACGCUAUAUUGGAAUACCAUUUUCUGUUGUCAAUGUCCUGGAAACUAUGCCAUCGGUACCGCUAACAGAUGCAGUGAGCGCUAUCAUGUACUACGCGGUAAAUGGGACAAUUGUGACCUUGACUGCCAUGUUGGGCGUCAUCAUGAUUGCUCGGUUGCAUGCCAUGUAUCAGGGAUCUAGAGCGAUACUCAUCUUCCUUGUUGUUGUGUUUCUGGCUGUUAACAUUGCCUGCGGAGUGAUCUCGGCGAUAGACCUCAAGUAUGCUGUAGAGGGCAACGAGCAGCUUCUGUUUUCAAUGGUUUGGAUUCUCAACACUGUUUGGGAGGUCCUCAUACUGUGUCUUUCAGUCUGGAUUGCUGUGAAGCACUUCCGUGAGCUGCGAGGACUCGGCCCAUCGACAGGAUCGACUAUGGGGGACUGUUUCACAGUGCUGAUACAAUCUCAUGUUCUUUAUUUUGCAAGCUUUGUUAGUGUCUCUUGCCUCCAGCUUGUUGCUCUCUCUCCAGAAAUCUUGAAUUCGAUGUCUAUUGGAGUUUGGAUACUCCAAGGUGCUGUUCAAAUUUUAUCGGUCGUGCAGAUGUUUGUGCUGGGACCACGCCUCAUUCUUAGCGUUCGAGAAUACCACGUCAAACUCGUGGCACACUCUGAUGCGGAAACUGGCCUGAUUUCGAUUGUUUUCCAGGAGCGUGUACAUGUAUUAACUAGCAGUACUGUGUAGGGAAAUGCUUGCCGAGUGGUCUGCAGUGAGGAGAAAUUUGGUCGACGAUCAGUCGUGGUAUUUAUUUAACGUAUGGUGUUUCGAAGUAUAUUCAAAAGGUCUAGGCAAAACUAUUUAUUGUUGUACAUAUCACUACUAGAACGAAGUACAUGAACUUGAACCAAGUGGCAAGGC